AUGGGAUACCCCUUGGGUGAAGAGUUCCUUCUGGAUGCAGGUAAGGGAUUUUUCACUCCACAGCGCCAUUCAAAGGGGGCUGGGGAGUGGAUUGUCCAGAACCCAAGAACUGAUGAAAAACUGCCUCCUGACAGUCUUCUGGAGGAGACAGGGAGUCACUAUGAACAAGACCGUAGUGCACUUAAGAAAAGGGAAUGGGAGCGGAGGAAUCAAGAAGUCCAGCAAGAAGACGAUCUCUUUUCUUCAGGCUUUGAUCUUUUUGGGGAGCCCUACAAGACAAACAAAGGUGAUGCACUUGCGAACCGAGUCCAGAACACGUUGGGAAACUAUGAUGAAAUGAAGGAUUUGCUAACUAACCAUUCUAAUCAGAAUCAUCUAGUGGGAAUCCCAAAGAAUUCCAUGCCCCAGACUCCCACCAACAAAAAUGAACCCAGCUUUUUUCCAGAACAAAAGCACCGAAUGGUCCCAGUGCACCAGCAAGAUAACACGCACUCCUCAGCGCCAAUGCCUCCACCUUCUGUCGUGAUACUGAAUUCAACUCUAAUACACAGCAACCGGAAGUCAAAACCUGACUGGUCACGAGAUAGUCAGAACACUAGCAUUGUAGCAGCCAGCCAAGUCACUAGUCAGCCCAACAAGAUGCAGCCGCCGACCCCAGACCAGCCCCAAGCCAGAUUGGAAGACUUCUUUGUCUACCCAGCCGAACAGCCUCAAGUUGGAGCGGUUGAAGAAUCAAACCCACUGGCAAAGGAAGACAAUACUCUCAAGUCCAGUGGAGGGGAUACUUUCAAAGAAAUCUAUCAGUCCAACUCACCAGAAGCACCGGAAUUUACAGUGCAAGCGCCUGGAUCUCCCCUAGUUGCCUCAUCUCUAUUAGCUCCCAGCAGUGGCCUUUCGGUUCAAAACUUCCCACCAGGGCUUUACUGCAAAACAAGCAUGGGGCAGCAAAAACCAACCGCCUAUGUCCGACCCAUGGAUGGUCAGGACCAGGCCCCGGACAUCUCUCCCACACUGAAACCUUCGAUUGAAUUUGACAACAGCUUUGGGAAUCUGUCAUUUGGAUCACUCUUGGAUGGCAAGCCCAGUGCACCCAGUUCAAAGACUAAACAGCCAAAGUUCACGAUUCUUCAAACAAGUGAAGUAAGCCUUCCCAGUGACCCAAGCUGUGUUGAAGAAAUCUUGCGGGAGAUGACCCAUCCCUGGCCUACUCCUCUCACUGCCAUGCAUACUCCUGGAAAUUCUGAGCAGAGCACACUUUCCAUCCCAGGACAGGAAUCCCAACAUCUGACUCCAGGAUUUGCCUUACAAAAGUGGAGUGACCCGACCAGCAGAGCUUCUACAAAGAUGCUUGAAGACGACUUGAAGCUGAGCAGUGAUGAAGAUGACCUUGAGCCCAUGAAGACCUUGACCACUCAGUGCACUGCCACUGAGCUCUAUCAGGCUGUUGAAAAGGCAAAACCUAAGAAUAAUCCUGUGAACCCACUCUUGGCACCGCCCCAACCCCCACCUGCAGCGCCCACCAGUGGGGGAUCCGGCAGCUCCAGUGACUCAGAGAGCAGCUCAGAGUCUGACUCAGACACUGAAAGCAGCACCACUGACAGCGAAGCCAAUGAGGCGCCACGAGUGACCACUCCAGAGCCUGAGCCGCCCUCCACCAACAAGUGGCAGUUGGACAAAUGGCUUAACAAAGUGACUUCUCAAAACAAAUCUUUUAUUUGUGGACAAAAUGAAACACCCAUGGAGACGAUUUCUGUGCCUCCUCCAGUCAUUCAGCCAAUGGAAGUCCAGGUCAAGGUGAAGGCAAACCCCAGCCAGGUCCUGCCUGAACCCAAAGAGAGGCCUCUCCUUGGUCUCAUCAGGGAGAAAGCCCGUCCACGACCCACCCUGAAAACUCCAGAAACAAAGGCUCUGAAGCAUAAGUUGUCCACAACUCUUGAGACAGCGUCUCAAAGGACAAUUGGGAAAAAACAGCCCAAAAGGGUCGAAAAGAACACCAGCGUUGAGGAAUUUACCUGGCCCAAACCAAAUAUCACCAGCAGCACUCCCAAAGAAAAGGAAAGUGGGGAGCUUCCUGACCUCCCGAGAGGGCGCAGCAAAGCCAUUGCCCACAAGCCAAUUCCCAGGAAAGAACCGAGGGCCAGCAUCCCCUUGGCUCCCGAGAAGAAGAAGUACCGAGGGCCUGGCAAGAUGGUUCCAAAGUCCCGGGAAUUCAUUGAGACUGAUUCAUCUACGUCUGAUUCCAACACGGAUCAGGAAGAGCCCCUGCAGAUCAAAGUCCUGCCUCCAUGCAUGGCUCCAGGGGGCAACACGACCAAAUCCAAGGAAGCCAGUGGGGCCAGCCUGACCCUCAGCAGCUUUCUCAGCAGUGGCAAUGGCAACAACCCACCAGUCCCGAGUGAGGAGCCUACUCAGUCACCAGUCCCUGUCACACAAACCGAGGUUCUAUCUCCUGUCCAAGAUCAGGAGAAUCUGAAAAAUCUCUGGGUGAAGAUUGACCUUGACCUACUGUCUCGAGUGCCUGGCCAGAGCUCACUCCAGGCAGCACCAGCCAAGCUAGACCACAAGGAGACAGCCUCAAAGCCCAAGCGGCAGAUGGCUGCGGUGCCUGCAGAGAAAGCCGCCCCCAAGGGCAAGCGUAAGCACAAGCCGACAGAAGUUGCAGGGAAAAUCCCUGAGAAGAAGCAGCGCCUGGAGGAGGCAGCCACCAUCUGCCUGCUGCCACCUUGCAUCUCACCAGCUCCCCCUCAGAAGCCUCCCAGCACUAAAGAAAAUAAUUCAUCCAGGAGAGCAAAUAGAAGAAAAGAUGAAAAGCUGUUUCCUCCUCCACUUUCCCCACUGCCAGAGGACCCUCCACGUCGCAGGAACAUCAGCGGCAAUAAUGGUCCCUUCAGUCGAGACAAAACCAUCCCUAUGAUUGGACAGAUUACCUCGACCAAACCUAAGAGGAAUGAAGGCAAAUUCUGUGCUACUUUCAAAGGGAUAUCUGUAAACGAGGGAGACACUCCAAAAAAGGCAGCCCCUGGCACUGUCAGCAACACUUCUAUCGCCUCUGCCACUGCUACUGCCAUUGUCACCAGCACUGCCACAGCCACUGCCACGGCCACUACCACAACCACUACCACAACCAUUUCCACCAUCACCUCCGCCAUCGCUACUGGCCUCAUGGACAGCAGUCACCUGGAGAUGACAUCGUGGGCGGCCCUGCCCCUUCUGUCCACCAGCACCACCAAUGUCCGGAGACCCAAGCUCACUUUUGAUGACUCGGUUCACAAUGCUGAUUAUUACAUGCAAGAGGCUAAGAAGCUGAAGCACAAAGCUGAUGCACUGUUUGAGAAAUUUGGCAAAGCUGUGAAUUACGCGGAUGCAGCCCUUUCCUUCACUGAAUGUGGCAACGCGAUGGAGAGAGACCCUCUGGAAGCCAAGUCUCCAUACACCAUGUACUCCGAAACUGUGGAACUCCUCAGGUAUGCCAUGAGGCUGAAGAAUUUUGCAAGCCCCCUAGCUUCAGAUGGGGACAAAAAGCUGGCUGUACUAUGCUACCGAUGCCUGUCACUUCUCUACCUAAGGAUGUUCAAACUGAAGAAGGACCACGCCAUGAAGUACUCCAGAUCACUGAUGGAAUAUUUUAAGCAAAAUGCUUCAAAAGUCGCUCAGAUACCAUCUCCAUGGGUAGGCAAUGGAAAGAAUACUCCGUCCCCAGUGUCUCUCAACAACGUCUCUCCCAUCAAUGCAAUGGGGAACUGUAACAACGGCCCAGUCACCAUCCCACAGCGCAUUCACCACAUGGCCGCCAGCCACGUCAACAUCACAAGCAACGUGUUACGGGGCUAUGAACACUGGGACAUGGCUGACAAACUGACAAGAGAGAACAAAGAAUUCUUUGGCGAUCUGGACACGUUGAUGGGGCCCCUGACGCAGCACAGCAGCAUGACCAACCUUGUCCGCUACGUUCGCCAGGGACUGUGCUGGCUGCGCAUCGACGCCCACUUGUUGUAG